GGCUUGACCUAGUAGUCUAAACAUAUAAAUAAACAACAGGGUAAGACGGUUUAAAGCACAAAGACGACCAACAUGGCAUCAGCUGAUGUUAUUUCUGAUAUUAUUUCAUUCCUACGAACAUGUGGUGUUUGUAAACGAGAGUGUUGUGAUCCCCGGACUCUUGAAUGUAUGCACAGUUUGUGUUUUGAUUGUUUGAAUGGGCUUAUCAACCAGAACUUAAACCACGGGGAAAUAUUUUGUCCGACGUGUAAAUGCAAGAUUAUGUCGUCAGCUUCUUCUCUUAAUAAUUCGGUUUUAGAAAAUUUAGGAGCAGCUUCUGUGUUUACUGAUGAAAGAAUUUCUACUUUUCAAAAAGCUGGGACGGUAGCCUGUAGGAAACAUCCGAAUUAUUUGUGCGAGUAUUUUUACACAGAUAGUUUUGAUCUUGCAUGCGAAAUCUGCAAAACGAACAGACCGUUUUGUCAAAAGCUUACCAAAGAGGCAAUGACAGAAGUUCUGAAUAAGCAACAAACAAGAGUUAAAGAAUCAUUGUCAACCACAAAUCGAGACUUGACUGAAAUUUGUGAAUCUUUAAAAUCCCGCGAACGUCAGAAGUUGUCAAAGAAAGACGAAACUGUAUUAGGCAUCAUGAAGUAUUUUGCAGAUUUAAAAAUGCAGCUAUUAGAUUAUUUAGCGAAACAUGAAAAAGAUGUCUUAGACAAACUUAAAAUCUUCAAUGAUACUGAAAUGGCAACUAUCACACAAUACACGAAACUUAGUUUUUCGUUGCUGGAAAGCCUGGGUCCAUGUUUUGCAUCUGUGAACAGUUUCUUUAAAGAUGCCGAUAAAUUGAAUUCCUUUGCUAGUUACUUGAACCUUGAUGUUUUGAUAUCGACCUUGGAAGAUUUUACUACUAAAGCUACAACAAUUAAGCAAUAUGUUCUGGAUGAAAAUGAAAUUCGUUUUGUUAUAAACACGGAAUUCGAAGAUAUGUUGACAGAGGGGGAUCUUAUAAAUGUUGAGCUGAUUAAUUCUAGUACAAGAUCGUCUGGCACGGUGAUACCCAGUGAUAGCAAUAUAUCGCAAAGAUACCACACCAGAAUCGACAACCAUUCCGUAACCAAUGAAAAUACUGGAUCAACUGAUAUUACACCAACAGCCACUAAUGUUGCUAUUAGGAAUGAACCAUCAACAGGAAUAGUGAUAAGAGUGUCACCUCCUGAUACAAACAGUGAUUACCAACCGGAAGACGAACCACCACCGCCAUACCCAGAAUUGACCAAAAGUAGUAGCACGGCAUAUUCAAACAGUCAAAAUACUUCACCAGAAACUCAGAAUCAAUAUCGUUUUCCACAACCAAACUCCAACGAUUCUAUACGAAAUACUAGUAAUUCACCGGUGUCUCAGGAACACUUUACCUUUCCACAACCAAACUCCAAUGAUUUCGGAAGAAAUAACUCUCCAGGAUUGCAGGAACAAUUUCCGUAUCAACAUGUACCAUCUGCUUCGAACUUCGACGACUUUUUCACAACACCAUUAGUACCCAGAGGUUUAACGCACGGUGUAUCCUCAGUAUCAAUAACACCACCAGGAACGCCAGGUGAUGACAACAGGUUAAGGUUUUAUCCUCUUACUAAAUUUACUGUAGGAUUAAGGGGAAAAGACAGAGAGAAUCCUAUUUUAGGAGAUUUAUGCUGGAUAGAUAAAAGGGCUUUGAUUGCAAUAGAUAAAAGAAACAAAACAGCCAAAGUUUUUAAUACGAGAGGAUCUUGUAUGAAUGCUAUUAACUUGAAUUGCGAUCCAUAUGGAUGUACAGUUUUCAGACUGCCACGACAGUCGUGUGUAUAUAUGGCAGUAACUUUUCCCAAAAAGAGAAACCUUUCUAUAUACACAAUCGACCCAAUGACUAAUUACCAAAUCAGUGUUGAAAGUACUAAAUUAACCAACAAAGGCUACACAUGUUUAUCGUUUAAUGAGAAUAAAAUGCAGUUUGUUUGUGGUACUACUAACCCGUUUUCCUUGCCCGCAGUAGACAUUCUCGAUCAUCAAGGAAACUUUUUACGAACAUUUAAUGGGUCAAACGCUGUUCGAUUAGGUUACCCAAGAUCUGUUGGAGUAAACAAACAGGGGAUAAUAGGUAUAUCUGAUUACAAAACGUCGCGUGUAAUUUUCAUGACCAUGGAAGGAGCUCAUGAAAGCGUCUUUGAUGGUUCGAUUAGUAGGAAUUUAGGGGAUCCACAAGGAAUAGGAUUAUAUAAAAACUUAUUUGUUGUAGCUGACACAAGAAAGAAUCACAUUUACUUUGUUGACUCCUCUUCAUUUGUAUACGAUGAAGUAAGGCAGAAUUCGUUACUGGAAAAGACUCCACGAUUUAUCGACUUUUCGCCUUCUUCCUGUCCUAAAAUGGCAGUUGGUCACGGGAAUGGCUACAUUUCACUGUACGAAGUCUAUGAUGCUUCGAACCCAGACAUGGGAAGUACUGUGUAAAUACAACUUAUCUUGAAAUUGCAUUAAUGUCAUUAGAAGUAAAAACUUUGUACAUGUAGUACCCUUCUUAUUUUUUAAAAGAAAAUGAACAUGCUACCAAUAUCUAUAUAUAUAAUAAUAAAUACAUAACCAUAUUCUGUUUUUGUUCAGACAUUUUUACAGAAGAAAGGUUUUGUGUCUUAGACGAGUUUUUUUUAGAUUAUGUAAUGGCCAAAUGAGUAUAGAAAAAGCUGCAAAAUUGAAGCUGCAUAUAAAAAAGACAUUCUUUUCGUUUUA